AUGGCAUCUUGGACCAUGCCCUACCGGGCAGACACCGUCGAGAGCAACAGGGACUCCGGCUUCUACUGGCAGGACAUGGAGGGCUCCAACGACAUGCAAAACGACUUUUUCGGUCAGUUCGUCGACUUUGGCGGCGACGACGCCUCCACCGCCACCCCAGGCGACGCCUUCAACGACCUCGGCACCAUGUCCGCCGGGCCGGAGCCGCUCUUCGUCAUGGACGACCAGCAGCAGCAGCAAGGCGCCGAGAGCACCGCCUCGUCGGGCGCCUCGACGGCCGACGAGUUCGACUUUCUCUCCAACAGCUCUCACCUGGCACCGUCGGCGCUGGCGACUAGCUACGAGAUCAACCCGAAGAUGGUCACCCUCGGCCCCGAGUCGCACGACGAGGAGGUGGAGGCUCAGCACUAUGGCUACCUCGGCCGCGGCUCCAUGUCCGAGACGGACCUGACGCGGCUCGAGAGCAUCAGCCUGCACUCUCCCCAGAAGACCAAGGCCUCGGUUUCGGACCCGUCCUCGCCGACGCCGCCCAACACCAUCGCGACGGCACGCAAGCCCAAGAAGUUUGUCGAGGCCCUCUCAUCCACAAUCCGCAAGGCGACGACGCUGCGCAAGACGAGAAAGGCGCUUCCGGAGCAAAAGGUGCGCUCGCCGAGCCUCGAGCAGCAGCAACAGCAGCAGCAGCGGCAGCUGCAAUCACCUCUGAAGAUCCCGAAGCAGCGGCGCGGGAGGCCGAACCCCUCCGCCCACGGUCUCCCCCAGUCGCCCCCUGUCCAGCAGCAAAACCCCGGGGGCGCCCAGUUCAUCCACGGAUACUGCGAGGACCCCUUCAACGAAGGUGCGCCGCCGCCGAUGCCCGCGGCCCAGUACUACAACCAGCCGGGCAUCCACACGCCCAUCGAGUCCCCCGGCGUCAAGCUCGAACAGGCCCGGUUUCCAAACGGCUCGGCCGCCCCCGGAGUUCAAGUCCCACCGGCCGCGUCCUGGAUGGCUCAGCAGCAGCAGGUCAUGGCACGCCAGCAGUGGCCAGCCGUCCCGCCCGGCCAGGAUCCGGCAUGGUGGGACCUCAACAUGGUGACGCAAAACGGCGCCGGUGAGUUCGCGAACCACCACCGCAACGCGAGCUUGAACCUCGCGAGCCACGCCCACAGCUCCGGCUUGCCGUACGAGUACUCGGCCAUGCCCGACACCGGCGCGGCCGGGCUGAUGAUCCACAUGCCACAACCACAUCCGUCGCAACCGACCGUCGUCAACGAUCUGACGCUAAACGCUCACACGUACCUACCGCCGCCACCGCCAGCGAUGCCGACGGCACCGGCGUCGGAGCGACCUCACCGCCCACCCCGUGCCAAGUCCUCCGGCGCGCGACAUUUGUCCUGCUCCCCGAUGAGGAAGCAACGAGCACCGUCGGCGUCGCCUACGCCCAAUCAACCGCAAGUCAUCAACGGCCCCCGGUCAAGGCACAGCUCCGGAGGCUCCGUCUCGUCCGUCCGGAGCUCUUCCGGUCGGCUUCCCGGAAGCAUGCCUGGCACCCCUUGCAGCGUUCGCAAGCGCCGAUCUCGGGAUGUGAGCGGGUCCGGCGGCGUGUCCUUUGGUGGCGAUGACGGCUUCGGCGUCGGCUUCGUCAACUUCACUCCGAACGAUGGCUCCGUCCUCAUGACUGGCGUCGCGCCCAGCGGUAGUUCCAAGACCAAGGCUCGUCGCGAGAAGGAGGCACAAGAUCGGCGUCGGCGACUGAGCGAGGCCGCGCUUAAGGCUGUUGCCGCCGCCGGGGGCGACGUCGACAAGCUGCUCGAGCAGGGGUUCACGCUUUGA